AUGGCGCAAGCAUCGCAUCCCACCCUCAUCAACCUCCCUCCCCCUUCCUCGAGGCCAGACACCCCGUCCGAGAUGCCCGGCACGCCCACGAGCACCACGACGUCCAUGUCUGCCCUCUCCACCACAGCUAUCAAGGAUGGCCACCGAGGCCACUUCCCCCAGGGCCCCGCCGGCGGCCGCGGCCACGCCCACCACGCUUCCACUACGAGCCUUGAGGCUGAGCGCGCCGACCGCAUCUCCCGCCUCGCCGGCCUAGAGCGAGUCUCGACCCUGCGCGCCCCGCUGAACCAACAGAAUGCCGGCUCCUCUCUCUCUCCCCAGACCACCCCCACCUCGACCGGCUUCCCUCCCAACUACCCGCCCAACACGCAUCUCACACCCGCAUAUUUCGACGUCCAUGGCCAGCCCACAGCCGUCACCAAAAUGAGCACCGUCGGUACCGCUAGCGCAACCGAAAGCUAUGUUGGCGAUGACAACGAGACCCGCACCGCCCCCGGCGAGCAAGAUGAGGACAUGUUCAGCAUGGAUACCAACUACCGCGAGGCCGACUCCGUCGCCAGCAUGGGGGCCGAUGCCGAACAGAUGGACGAAGAUACCGCGCGGUCCACCGGGGGCUACGACGACCGCAUGAGUGACGAUGGAUCCGCCAGCCUCGUGGGCUUUGGCGAAGGCGCCAACAGUACCGUGUCCGGCCCCAUCUACCAGCGCCGUCCCAUACCUGGUGUUGGCGGCCAGGCCGGCGUUUGGGGUCUCGAGCGGAGCGCUUCCGGCCUAAGCAGCGAAGGCAUCCCGACGCAGCGGAAUCGCGACGUGAUCAUGGGAGGCGACACCCCGACGAGCGCGGCCGCUAUGCAGGAACGACGCGACGCGCGCAUGAUGGAUGGCACAACUACCGAUGGCGUUGGCGUGCCCAGCGACGAGAUGUACGUCGACACCACCAACAAGGCCCCCGUCCCUGCCUCUCAGUUCCCCCAACAAGGCAACAGCAACACGACACCGACAGCCAGAGAUACGGCCGAGCGUCUUUUGCGGGAGAGAUUGGACGGCGGCGAGGCGCGCUCCCCAGGGGGCGAGAAGCUCGGCAAGUUCUACUUUGAGGAGCGGAAAUAG